AUGCCGCUUUCAGUUUGCUGGCUGUCUAUGACAUUACUUAUUGCUGUCGUCAUUGGCGACUUCGACCAACACUUUUGUAGUCAGCGUAUACUGAAUGUAGAACCAGACGAUAAUCAAGGACUGAAACCAACAUUCGAUGACAACUUUUAUGUGUUCAUAGAGAAGAAAGUCAACUCCACCCGAAACGUCAUUUACGAGGACGAGUACUUCUCAAUG